AUGAGCCCUCAUGACUUUGGUAGCAGAUUGCUUUUGGUUGUUUCCAUCUUUUGUUUCAAUGGUGUUUUUGGCAGCGGGAGAGGGACAAAAGUAGCAGCAAUUUCAGGUUUGCAAGGCAUUGAAUCGCAGAAAAGCAGCCUUUUACAUCACAAAGGAAGGAGAUCUGGUUUAUUUGAUGUCAUGAGCUUUGGGGCUCGAGCAGAUGGCCAGACUGACGAUACUAGGGCCUUCAGAGCAGCAUGGAAGGAGGCAUGUAAGUCCUCAGGUUCAGUACAUCUUCUGAUACCAAAAGGGACAUACUUGAUUGGCCCCAUCAAGUUUGCAGGCCCAUGCAAUAAUGUAUCAUCUCUGACUUUUUAUCUGAAGGGUUAUUUGAAGGCUACAACAGACUUGUCAAAGUAUGGAUUCAGUGCUGGUUGGAUUGAAUUUAGAUGGGUGGAUGGGCUAACCUUGACCGGAGGUGGGACCUUUGAUGGCCAAGGUGCCAAAGCCUGGCCUUCCAAUAACUGCCCCACUCAUUCCAAAUGCAUACUUCUUCCAACUAAUUUGAAAUUCAUGGCCAUGAAUAAGACAGUUGUCAGAGGCAUAACUUCGCUGAAUAGCAAGUUCUUUCACAUGGCUCUUGUGGGGUGCAAGAACUUCAAAGGCAAUAACAUCAACAUUUCAGCCCCAGCAAACAGUCCUAACACUGAUGGCAUCCACAUUGAGCGAAGCUCUAGUGUCUAUUUUUCUGGAGCACACAUAGGUACAGGUGAUGACUGCAUCUCAAUCGGGCAAGGAAAUUCUCAAGUCACUAUCUCAAGCGUUAUCUGUGGACCUGGUCACGGCAUUAGCGUCGGAAGUUUGGGAAGAUAUCGGAACGAGGGAGAUGUAAGCGGACUUGUGGUCAGAGAUUGUACAAUGACAGGCACCUCAAAUGGCAUUAGGAUCAAGACAUGGGCCAACUCUCCAGGAAGAAGUGCCGCCACCAACAUGACAUUUGAGAACAUUGUCAUGAAUAAUGUGACCAAUCCCAUUAUAAUAGAUCAAGCAUAUUGUCCAUUCUCCUCUUGCACUUCAAUGGCACCAUCUGGAGUGAAGAUCAGUGACAUAUAUUUUAAGAACAUUAGAGGGACCUCAUCGUCGAAGGUAGCAGUGGCAUUGGAAUGCAGCAAAGGGAUGCCAUGCCAGAAUAUUUACCUUGAAGAUGUUCACUUGGACCUGUCAUCAGGGGAGAAACAUGCCACUUCCACUUGCAAAAAUGUUAAAGCUAAAUACAUUGGCACCCAAAUCCCUCCACCCUGUACUUAGUUUCUAUGUUACAUGGGAUUCAUGCUAUA